AGAUCAACGGACCGCAUCUCAGUUUGCUGCCUUGCGGUGCCCCAUCACACAUCGUACUUGUAGUUUGGUGUUGCUGCACCAACGGUGCGGGCUCAACGGAUUCUAGUGGACCCCUCCGUACCAUUCGUUGUAGAGGUGUGGAAAUGGGCAAUACGUGCUGCCGCGACGCGCCGCACCCGGCGGGGAAGAAGAACGGUGACGUGGAGCAAGUGAACUACGCCUUCUUCUCUUCACUGCCGUCUGAUGUGCAGGAGGCCACCAUCGACCACGUCUACGACGGCGACACGCUGACCAUUCACGAGCAGAACCGCGCUCGGGUGCGGCUGCUCGGCAUCGACGCGCCGGAGCUGAAGGCGAAGGAGCCGUAUGCGAAGGAGGCGGCCGACUACGUGAAGUCGCUGUGCCCCCCAGGCUCGAGGGUUUGGCUGCGCUUCCAAGCCGACGAGAAGAAGGACCGCUACAACCGUCUUCUGGCCUUUGUCUUUAUCGCCAACCCCGUCGCUGGCAAACCGGGCUACAUGUGCGUGAAUAUUUCGUUGCUGCAGGAAGGAUUGGCGGUCUUCUACGAGCCGAGCGGCUCUGUGGAGCACAAGGAUCCGAUGCUGAAGGCGAUGCAGGUCGCCAUUGCCGGAAGGCGGAACAUCUGGAGGAAGGCGAACCUCCAACGGCAUGUGUACACGACGCCAAACGGGAUUGCAUUUCAUAACCCGGACUGUCUUACGAUUCAAAAGGUGCGACCGCAGAACCUGCGCAAGCAGUCCAUCGCCGAGGCGUUGGAGAAAGGCUACAGCUCGUGCCGUGAGUGCAAGCCCCUCUAG